AAGGAAAUGAAAGAAAAACGUGACGUCAGGCUACUGAAACAUGUAAACAAACGGGACAUCUUUGGUACAAGUACUGCAAAUUACAUUUGAUAACAUUAGUUACACGAGUAACCAUGAAGAGGGUAUUUGUAACUGUAGGAACAACAAGCUUUGAUGACCUAAUCGAACGUGUUACUUCCCCUGAAGCUGUUCAAGUGAGUAUGAUCUGUGAUGGCUAGUACAGAAGCUAACGUUAGCUAGCUAGCCAACUGUCCUCAAAAACUAGACAAUAAUAAUUUGAGUAGACGUGCCAUACCCUCGCAUUGUUAUAUUUCUAGAAAGUUCUUUAUCUCUCUCUUGAAGGAGUUGAAAGCCCGCGGCUAUCAACAUUUGGUCCUGCAGGUCGGUCAAGGCUCUAUUCUCCCAGAUUCAGACAGCUGUCACGAGCUCACGUUAGAGGCCUUUCGAUUCAAGGAUUCCAUCGCUGAAAAUAUCAGAUGUGCCGACCUGGUUAUCAGCCAUGCUGGUGUGUAUCUCUUUUUUAAAGAAAUUAAACAAACUAGCUAAACUACCAUACCAUUGUGCUGGUCAAUGAUGUUGUUUAAUUAUAAUAACAUGUCUGGUCUUGUAUUUUCAGGGGCAGGUAGUUGUCUGGAGACCCUUGGUGCAGACAAGCCACUGCUAGUGGUGGUCAAUGACAAACUUAUGGACAAUCACCAGCUAGAGCUGGCCAAACAGCUACACCAAGACUCACACCUACUGUACUGCACCCCCAGGUCAGUGUAAAUCCUCAACUUGAUCACGAGGACUCACACUUUGUCACUGACAUAUUGUAUAUGUAGAUUUCUGCUAAUAAAGUCCUAGAGUUGUCAAACUGUGAUUGAAAUUUAGUAGGUCAACAUACCCUUUUGUCUCAAAUUAUUUCACAGCACUCUUACUGAGACCCUGAAGACGAUGGACCUUGCUGUUCUCUCACCCUUCUUACCUGGACAACCAAAGCAUUUUGCCAAUUUCCUGGACAAGGCCCUUGGUGUUCAAUGAUUCCAACGGAGGGCUGUCUCUGAGGUCAACUCAGUGUUCUGUUAUGGACUCUGGAGAUGUUUGCACUCUUCUUCUUCGUGUGGCUUUCCAGCAGACUAGACAAUGUACUGCCUUCCGCAGGUCGGAGUGUGGAUUGCACAUUUUGGUCACCACCAUCUAACCCUGCACCUAUACACUAUCCCCCAAAACCCACCGCUCCAUCCCACUACGUUGGCCCUAAACCUAUCCUACACCACGCCUUCAGCCUGGGAGGAUGGAGCCCCUUCUCUCAAAACUUCCUGUAGCUCUUCUGCACUAAAAUCUCUCACCCCAAAAUAUUUCUCUGCUGCUGCAACUACCACAUGUCUUCUGUGAUUUCCACUGCAUCAGCGCAGUACAGUUGAUCACCAUGGCUAUGAUGUUUGCACUCGGAAACUCUCCUCAUCUUUGAGAUGAACUAGACGUGGGGUUGAGCAGAGGGUAGCCUACAUUCUGUUUCCCUCUAUGACACUCACAAGCUGCGCAGGACACAUUAGAACAGACUGUGACAAAACCACAUGAUCUUCCCUUAUUUUUUCCCGAACUUUCCAAUUUCUGAUACAAUUCUCUCACUUUUUGAUGCAAACUAAAGUUGUUACACCUUUCCCAUAUUCAAGUCAUUUAACAUAUUUUCUUAUUAGCUUUAUGAACAUAGAACUUGGUUGCAAUUUGUAUCUGUGCUAGAAUGGCCAUAAUUGUAUUUAUUUAUUAUUAUAUAUACAGUACCAGUCAAAAGUUUGGACACACCUACUCAUUCCA